UUCCCCUCGUUCAUUUCCGCCACUUGUCCUUCACCAGUACGUUCUUUGUCCCCUCACCCACCAAAAAUACUGGGGCAGUUUUGUCAUUUCACUCCCCUCUCCCCCCCACUCUCUCACCUUUCGUUUUCCCUGUUGUUUCUUCUCUCUAGGUCUCCCCCUCCUCCUGGAUUUGCUUGCCCAUUCCUAGUCUCCUCGUCUUUUCUCUUUCGCCUUAUAUUCUUGAUUUUCCGGCUACCCAUUCGGCGGAGCAUAUCCUUCCCCUCAUUUUCUUUGAUUUUUUUUUUCUCCUCUUUAUAUCCUGUUUUGUAGUAAGAAUUUAGCUGUGUUGUUGGGCUUUGCGUUUUGGAUUGAGGUUUGAUGAAAUAUGUUGUUUUUAGUUUCUGGGGAUUUAUCCGGGAGUGAUUUGAAGUGAUUGGUGUAUAAAGAUUGAGUCUUUGAGCUGGGUGGCGUUCUUAUGCUGUUUAAAGAUUGGUUUUUGUGCAUCUGGGUUUACCAUGCAUGUACAUGAAGAUUUGCUUGAGCUUUAAAGCGGUUGUGGGGUGGUGAGUUUGGUGGGUUUUUGGUGGAGUUGGGGUUGCCCAUGGGAGAUAGUAGAUCGACGAAGAAAAGCAGCGGUGAAAUGGAGAAUCUUGCUUUGGAUGCGAACAGAUUUUCGAGGGACUUGCUGCAGAGAUUCAUGGGAGUGAGCAGCGGCGGCGGCGGCGGUGAUGGGUCGGAGACGGUGGAAGACGACGGAGAACUCGAACUGAAUCUCGGGUUGUCAUUGGGAGGGAGGUUUGGCGUGGACAAGAGCUCAAAUAAGCUCCUGAGGUCUUCUUCCAUAGCUGCAUGUUUGCCAAUUGUGAGAGACGAUGAUGCGGUGGCGACGCCGGCGGCGGCGGCGGCCUAUUCCGCUCUGGUCCGGACCUCCUCCCUCCCCGUGGAGACGGAGGAAGAGUGGAGGAAGAGGAAGGAGUUACAGACCAUGCGAAGACUGGAAGCCAAGAGGCGGCGGUCGGAGAAGCAGAGGAUUUCCCGGGGAGACGCCGGCGCCGGCGCCGGCGGGUCUAAUGUGGAUGAACCCAAGAGAGAAAUUGGGGUGAAUUUCAGGACAAGAUUAGAUAAAGAACAGUUAUUAGCAGCCACUAAAAGCUCUUUUAGGAGUGGGAUUGACAUUGGAAUGUUCAAAGGUAAAAGAAGCUGUUUUUCUAGUAAUAAUAAAAUGCAGCCUUCAUCUCAAGGAUCAAUUGAAUCUCAAGGUGCUAACUCUUCAAGCAUGUCAGAAUUAGAAUGUAAAUCCCUUCAAGGGUCAUGUGAGCUGAGCCCCGGGAGCAUACAAUCGAUACAAGAGGGCGGGAACCAAGAAACCGGCUCAUCUCGAGCUAAGACAACGCAGGAUCAUCCCAGCAGGACGGCGUCGGGAAUCGAGACGGACCCGCCACCCAACAAACCCGAGAGCACAAGCCGGCAGGCAACGAGAGAGGCCGGGACCGGGACGGGGUCCCUGGAGGACAUGCCGUGCGUGUUCACGAAAGGCGACGGCCCCAACGGCAAAAGGAUCGACGGCAUACUAUACAAAUACGGCAAGGGAGAGGAGGUGAGGAUCAUGUGCGUGUGCCACGGCAGCUUCCUCUCGCCGGCGGAGUUUGUGAAGCACGCCGGCGGGAGUGACGUCGCCCAUCCGCUCAAGCACAUCGUCAUCAACCGCAACUCUUCUCCCUUUCAGUAAAACCGCAAAUUGCAUGAAAAAUAUCAUGCAAAUGCGCCAAUAGAACAGUUUGUUUGUUUGUUCGUUUGUUUUUCUUCUUUCUAUUCUUCUUUGCAAGAGCAUAUACAUGUAUCAACUAACGUUGUUGAAUUAUAUGUUAAAAUUUUUAAAAAAUAGUUUUGUA